CGCACUAGCUUUUAUCGAGCCACACGUCGCAAGCUCUCGCAGCAUCGUCCGCCAACAUGUACAAGCUGUUUGUCGUCGCCGCGCUGGUUGCCGUCGCAGCCGCCCAAAACCCGCAGGACGCCCAGGCUCAGGUGCUGGCGUACGAUUCGGUCGUCAACCCGGACGGUUCGUACAACUACCGGUACGAGACGAGCAACGGAAUUCAGGCUCAGGAGAGCGGCGUCGGUGGCCAGUCCGCCCAGGGAAGCUACUCGUACACCGGUGACGAUGGUGCCCAGUACUCGGUGACGUACGUCGCUGAUGAGAACGGAUUCCAGCCGCAGGGUGCUCAUCUGCCCGUCGAUGGACCCGCUCCUGAUCAUGUCCUGAAGACGCUCGAGCAGAUCCGUGCCAACCCGCCGCGUGAUGACCCAAACUUCAGCAUGGAUGCGCUUAACGCUGCCAUCGCUCGGCUGAGCGGCAAGAAGUAAGCCGUCGUGGACGUCACCCAACGGCAGGAUGCGCUUCGUCCUAUUCUCACUCCCACUUCGGCAACGCCAACGCAUACUAAAGAUGCACCUGACACAUACUCCCGAGCUGCUCCAUCCCCGACCGGGGGAGUUUCGGCAGAGAUCUUUACCCUCUAUUCCGUAUCCUUCCGCGAAGAAUCUUUCCUCCGAGGAUCCUAACCGGGGCUUCCUAAGCUUCCUUCCAACAAUCUCUUCUGUCACAUCUCCACCAGUACCAGCACGUGUACAUAGCCCGGUGAUAGUUUGUAAAUAAAACGACCAAUAUAAAAGUUUAA